AUGUGGAAGGUGCUACUCUUUUUUCCAAUAUUCUGCUUUUGCAAUAUAAUUUCUGUGGAGCACACCAUUACUCCUCCAGCUCUUGUUCUUCUGCAAAAAAUUGCCAUGUUUUCAAAGCAAACAUCUGAAGCAGAAUCUUAUAUAAAGGUUUCAUGUAAAUUUUAUAUAGGAUCAUCAGUGACAACCUACACUGACUCCUUUUUAAGUUGGGACAAAUAUCGGUAAAAUUUUUGAAUUUUUGAUACACUGACCCCUCUUUAAUUUGAGAUAUUUUUUACCAACGAAAAAUUUUAUAGGUAAAAGCAUGAAUUUUUUAAACAUUAUUAAUUAGUGAAUUUAAUGGAAAAAGUGCAAGUAGAAUACUAUUUAAACAGUUUUAACGUUGAAUAAAUAAUUUUUUUGAAUUAAUUCCUUAUAAAAAUAAAUUAAAAUCCAAAAUAUAUAUUGCAUUCAGUUUAUAAUUUUUUUGAUUUUAAAAAGAAAAAAAUAGCAUCACUUUAAAUUGGAACAGGAUUAUUUGCUCCAAUUUAAAGGGGGGGGGGAGUGAAGUUUUUUCUAUAGGAAUUUACAAUAGCAAGGAUAUCGCCUCCUUAAUAAACUAUCAAAAUGCCACAAGCUACAUGAGUUUAAAUACAUCUUGCAAGGGAAAUUCUACAGACCUCCCAAAAGAAUUGCAAAAUCCAAAAAUUACAUUCAGCUCAGAUCAAAAACUGGCGCAGCGCCAGAUAAACGAGACUGAUGUUUAUUAUGUCUUAUUAUUUGCUUGUGGGAGCACAGAAUUAAACUUACAAAUUACUGUUGAGUCAAAAAACCCGCAUGGUUAUGUUCCAGCAGAGUUUUAUAUGCUAAUGCCAGUAUUUUCUAAUUAGUUUUAUGAGCUUAUGUGCUUCAUGUACAUUCUUUUGCUAGUCUCUUGGGGAAUUUUACUAGCUUAUUAUUUUGAUAGUGCGAUUUUUGUACAAAAAGUGUGAAUUCCAGGAAUAUUAAAGUUAUGAUGGCUAUAAGAAGGUAAACUCUACCCAUCUUGAUACCUUUAGUAUUUCCAACCUGAAUCAUCUGUUCAAGAGAUCAGCUCCAAAAGGCAAAGCAACAGUAUGGAGGUACCCCGAUUGUCCUGAAGAGGAAAAGCCAUAUGGCAGCAAAAAUCUUUCUCGCCCAUCUAGCAUUUUCAAGAAAAUCUCCGGGGAGUAACAUAACUUCCCUCUUCAGCAAAGUUUACCCAAACCUGAAAGCCUACUUCUAAAAAAGGACAGGGGCCCCGUUUUCUGCUUUAUCAGGAUGAAUCCGACUUGCUACAUAUGGGCUGCCUCUCAGAGUCCAAUUUCUGUCAACGUUACCGUUUUAUUUCUUCGAGGAAUAUUAGGAAUCUGUAUAUUUGAAUAUGCUGUUGGGUAUUUGGACUGGGCUAUUUAUAAUAAAAACGGCCAGAGAGAAGUAUCAAUAUUAAUUUUAAGUAUUUUUUUGAAAGCCUUAAGAGACGGCUUAGGACGAGUAUUAUUACUUUGUGCAUCUAAAGGCUGGGGAAUUGUGCAUUCUACGCUUGGAGACUCUUUAAAGCUAAUUUUGGUUACUGGAAGUCUUUAUGUGAUUUUUGACAUGAUUUAUGAAGCUGUUUUACGCACUCACGAAUCAGCAGAACUGUGGAUUACUUUGCUAGUUUCUCUGCCAUUAGUGAUUAUCAAUACUUUUGUGCUUUAUCUGAUGUUUUCUUGGCUUGUGUUAUUAUUCUUCCAGCUAACUCAAAACAAACAAAACUUUAAAUUAGGUCUAUUUAAGCAGUUUGGAUGGGCUUUAGCCAUUGUAGGUGGACUCAGUGCACUAUGGACAAUUGUCGAAAGCUUUAUAAAAUUCAUUUGGCCCAAAGAUGAAGUAUGGCAUUGGUAUUGGAUGUUCAUAGCAGUUUGGGAUGUUGUGUUUUUUUUAAUUUUUAUAUAUAAAUUUUGUAAAAUUAUUAAAAUAAUUUUUUUUAAAAAAAGAAUAAACCAGUUUUUCAUUGUAAUAAUCAGCGUCAUGAUUAUCUGGAGAGUAAAUGAGCGAUCAAAACUUUUAGCAUUUUCCGAAGAAGUUCAAGAAGACGAUGAGCUAUCCUUUGAGGAAGAAGAAAAGGCAGGGAUCGAGCUUACAAAGAAAAAAUAA